AUGAGCUGGUCACAAAAUAACCACUUCCACAAAGGACCUCUGGGCCUGAGGCAAGGCAGGACUGCUAUAAAAGGCAGCCCAAGUUUCUGCUCUCUCAUCCACUUCUCUCACCUCCUCCUCCUCAGGAAUCAGGUGCACCUGUGAGCCCCAGCCAUGUCCUGCUGCAAGCCCUGCGACCCUUGCUGCCAGCCCUGUGGCCCCUGCCCUCUGGCCAGCAGCUGCAAUGAGUGCUGUGUCACGCAGUGCCAGAGCUCCCAUGUCGUCAUCGAGCCCUCCCCUGUGCUGGUGACCCUGCCCGGCCCCAUCCUCAGCUCCUUCCCACAGAACACCGCCGUGGGAUCCUCCACCUCUGCUGCUGUUGGCAACAUCCUCAGCUCUCAGGGAGUGCCCAUCAGCUCUGGGGGCUUUGACAUCUCCUGCAUCACCAACUGCUUUGGUGGCAGCAGAUGCCGUCCCUGCUAA